AUGCUACUCCGGACUCCACCGCAGCGGAAGCGGCGGGCCGUCUCCGACGCCGACCCCGACGCCAACCUCGACCUCGACCUCGCCGUCGCCGUCGCCGUCGCCACCGGACGGACCCCCGUCUCCGACCGCCGCCUCGUGCCCUACGACUGCCCCACGGCCCUCGUGUCCGCCUCCGGCGGCGAGGAGCCCUCCGACGACAUGGUCUGCACAUACCACUGCCGUCAGAUGGUGAAAUCGGAGUUUGUGGUGGCACUGGACACCGCGGAGAAGGCGGUUCAGGAGUAUCGAGUAAAGCUUGACACAUUGGAGAAACAGUUAUCCAAGAGUGAGGAUGAAAGGACUACAUAUCAUGAUAAACUGAACUAUGUUGAACAAGAACUAGCAGCAACAAAAGGGCGGGAGACUGCAUUGCAAGAACGGUUAUUGAAGGAGCUGGGCGAGUAUCAGGAGCGAUACAGGCAGCAAGUCAAGAAGAUAGGGGAACUUGAGGUUAAACUCAAUAAAGAGAUUGAUUCUCGAAUUAGCGCUGAAUCAUCUUCAGCAUCUGCAAAGGAGUCGGUCAAGGAGUUGGAACGGGCUAUGCAGCGGUCAUCAGAAAAUUCAGAAAGGGAGAAGAAAGCCCUUCAGAAGGAACUUUCAUAUAUGCAAGAUGACUCAAAACUAUCCAUCUCUAAACUUAAUGCUGAGCUUGAAAGAAUGAGCCUCAGGGCGCAAAACUCUGAGAAGGAAGCAAAGAUGUUAAAUGAGCAGUUGGAGGACUUGAAAAAGCAAUUAAAUGAGUGUCUUCGCGAAAAGAACGAAACCGAGCUCAGACUACUGGAUUCUGCUCCUUUGUCUGUUCAGCGUAAUCCAACAGAUGAUCAGAAGUUAAUAAAACUUUUGCAAGAGGAGCUCCGGAACUAUGAAAAAGAAGUGCAUGAAGCUAGAAGAUUAAAAUCUUCCCACACAAAUGUUGAGCUGCUAAGUGAAAAGCUGUUGGAGGAGCAGAGUCGAAGGAAACGAGCCGAAACAGAAUUAUCUAAGCUGCAAGAAAUCGAAGCUAAAGCACAGAAGUUGGAGCUGGAAUUAGCAUCAUGUACAUCAUUACUUGGCAACAUACCUGAUGUGUCUUCUUACAGCAGCAUUGCAGAUUUGCAAAGGCAAGCAUUGACAGACUUGAAUAAAUUGGGUGAAGUAACAUCACGGUUGAAAGAAUUGGAGGUUACGUUGGAAUUUGCUGAGAUCAGCAAGCAACGUGCAGAAGGUGAAGCUACCCUUGCCAAAGAGAGAGCUGAAAGUGCUAGCAGGGAGGUCAAGCGGCUUGAACUUCUGCUUACUGCAGUGAGUGAAGAAAGAGAUAGAUUACGAAAAGAUCAUAAUAUGUUAUCUAACCAAAAAACUAGGGAUGGAGAUGACAUGUCAUCCAAGAAAAUGGAGUCAGAUCUAUCUCAUAUGGAAAAGGUAGUAAGAGAACUAGAGACCACUCUACACGAGCAGAGAGAACUAAUUAGUCAACAACAUGCGGAGCUCAAUCUAAUGAAUGAGAAAUUGAGCAUUGAAGCAAGAAAAGCAAAAUCAUUGGAGCGAGAGGGAGAUCAACUGCGCUCUCAGGUGGCAUUACUCGAGUCUAAGCUGGGUCAUGGGGAUUACUCUGCCUCAAGCACAAAAGUACUUCGUAUGGUGAACACUCUUGCAAUGGAUAGUGAAGCAAAGCAGACAAUAGAAGCACUGCAAGCUGAGUUAAAGAAAACAAAAGAGAGGCUGCAGGCAAUCGAAGAACUAAAAGGGCAAGCUGAUGCUGGAACUGUAGUAGAUGCAAAUGUUGCUGAAAAGCUAGCACAGCUUAAAAAUCAAGUUGCCACACUAGAGAAACGUGAAGAAAGGACCUUACACCUGCCUCGAAACAGAUACAAGGCAGUGUUUCUGGAGAGGAUCUCAGUCUUCCGAAAGGCUUGCUGCUCGCUUUUUGGUUAUCAGAUAGUGAUGAAUGAUGAGCAGCAGCCAAAUGGGAUUCAUGUAACACGAUUUACUCUGCAAUCAGUAUAUGCCCAAACCGAUGAUGAAAAACUCGAGUUUCUCUAUGAAUCAGGAAGCACCAAUAUAGUGGUCAAUGGCUACACUUCUCAACAUGAGAUUGCUCAGCAGGUUGAUAUUUUCAUAAGAAAGAUGAAUUCCAUCCCAGCCUUCACUGCUAACCUGACAAUGGAAUCCUUCAACAAGAGAACAUAUGAAGAAGUUGAGUGGAAGGCUGGUGCUGACGGUAUGGUACUAUCAGAUGGAUGCCAUUUUAGUUUGAACAAUGUAAAUACGAGCGCAUACAAUGUGAUCCCUGUGCCCGGGGCCAGGGAUGGGCAGAUAACCGGCGCUUUUCAUAACGCGAGACUGCACACAAAUAAAUCACCUCGUUCAACGGGUGCCCAACCCAAGCCACUCGUUUCCAUCCUUCUGGAGUUUCGAGUAGCCAGCCUGCUAGCUGCUUCUGGCGCAAUGAUGGCGCAGCCGCAGCUGGAGAAGAAGGCGCCCCCGCGGGCGAAGCCGCCGCUGACGGGGAAGGCCGUGGCCGCGCUCUGCGUGGCCAGCUUCGCCGUCGGCCUGCUGCUCAGCGGCUGGGUGCCGCUCCUGUCGGCGCCGAUCGGCAAGGUGAACAAGACCUCUGCUCCCUCCGGCUGCGACGACAACCGCGUAAGCAAGGAGUUAGCCGGGGAGAGGCAUGACCCCAUGGGCAUCAUGAGCGAGGUGUCCAGGACGCACCACGCAAUUCAGUCGCUGGACAAGGCGGUGUCUUCCCUGGAGAUGGAGCUGGCCGUGGAGCGCGCCCGGAGCGGCGACGCCGGCGCCGGCGCGGCGGGCUCGUCCAAGGCCCUUCAGAAGGCCUUCGUGGUGAUCGGCAUCAACACGGCCUUCAGCAGCAAGAAGCGCCGCGACUCCCUCCGCGAGACCUGGGUGCCCUCAGGGGAGAAGCUGAGGCGGCUGGAGAAGGAGAAGGGGAUCGUGGUCCGGUUCGUGAUCGGGCGGAGCGGGGCGGCGGAGGGCGGCGGCGGGGCGGCGGACCGCGCCCUGGACGCGGAGGAGGCGGAGAACAAGGACUUCCUGCGGCUGGACCACGUGGAGGGCUACCACGAGCUGUCCUCCAAGACGAGGAUCUACUUCGCCACCGCCGUCGCCACCUGGGACGCCGACUUCUACGUCAAGGUCGACGACGACGUCCACCUCAACCUCGGGAUGCUGGCAACUAGGCUGGCCAAGUACAGGGCGCGGCCCAGGGUGUACGUCGGCUGCAUGAAGUCUGGGCCUGUCCUGUCUCAAAGAGGGGUGAAGUACCACGAGCCGGAGUACUGGAAGUUCGGGGACGUGGGGAACAAGUACUUCCGGCACGCCACCGGCCAGAUCUACGCCGUCUCCAAGGACCUCGCCGCCUACAUCUCCGUCAACCAGCCGAUCCUGCACAGGUUCGCGAACGAGGACGUCUCCGUCGGCGCGUGGCUGAUCGGGCUGGAGGUGGAGCACGUCGACGACCGGAGCAUGUGCUGCGCCACGCCACCAGACUGCGAGUGGAAGAAGCGGGCCGGGAACGUGUGCGUGGCGUCCUUCGACUGGUCCUGCAGCGGGGUCUGCAGGUCUGUGGACAGGAUGAAGCUCAUCCACGACGCCUGCGGCGAAGACCAGGCGGCGGUCUGGGGCGUCGCCGCCUGA